AGUGUAAAACAGGUGAUGCAGUGAGAUCAUUUACUCUUCAGACGGGAGAAUCUGUAACUAUUCCAUGUCAUUAUGACACACAAUAUAUUCACCAUAAGAAAUCCUGGUGUUAUAAUGCAGGAGCAGCAUACAAUUACUGCUCUAUUCUGUCUCUCCUUUCUGAUAUGAGUCACAAUACAUUUUGUCGGCAAGGCAACCGUAAGGAUGUUUGAGGAUCAAAAAGGAAGUGCACCAGAUGUUGAAAAUUAGAAACAGGAAGUUAUACUGUAAAAUAGUCACUGACAGUAGAGUUAAUAUAAUACAUUACAAACAUUUUUGCAUAACAUUCUCUUACAGGCUACACAAGUAAAACAAGCUGAGAAGCUUUUAUGGAAAAUGUUAGUAGUAAAUCAAGACUUCAAAAUGGUUCUCUUCUCUCAGUGGCAUGAAAAACAAACUAAUAGUACACAGAUGAAAACAUUAUUAGUUGUAAUGUUCAAUACUGCCAAACAUUUUGAAACAAACCUGUCAUGCAAUAUACAGUAAUGUAAAGCUGUAAUCAAUACUUGUAUUUUUACUAUUUAUUUUAUUACCGUCACGUGUAAGAGAUAGUUUUAAAGCAUUUUUGUCCCCUUUAGAGUAUUUUUUAUUGCUCUAUUGUCAAUUUUAUACAUUUUUAGCAAUACUGUUGAUGUCUGUACAAAUGAGGACGCACAGUAACAGGUACUCAUAUAAAAUGAAACAAAUCAAGUCAAAGAAAACAUCAAAAUCUGUAACUGAGGUCUUUCAUCAUCUCUUGUGCAGACAUGCUUUCGACACAAAGAGCUCACGUCUCACAGACUCUGCUUCAGUUUUACUUUUGUCCGUUCCUAAGUAGAGCACUCAAGAAAGGAAGUUGAUGCUACUGUGCCAGCGACAAACAGCAGGAAACUUAAGAACUGAUGAUGUCACCAAAGAAUUAAAUGUCAAUGAACAUGUAAAUGAGUUUGACUUCAAAUGAAAUAUUAAGUAAAAAUAUAAGUUUUCCAUAAUGUAAGACUUUUUAAAGUUAUUUUCGUGAUAUUGACAGCCAUUAGUGGAGACACAAGUUGACAUGAGCAACUUCAGAUGAAGGGCAUAGGAACUGAGAGAUGCUAUAAAAACACACAGUGACUAAAAUACCAUCAAAGUAGAUGUGUGUGUCCUUCAGUUCUGUGUGCCAUUUUACAUUUUAUUUGUUUGUUUCUGUUGCACAAAAAUAAUGUAUAUGGACAUGAGGAAGACGUGGAAGAAUAUCACCUUAUCUCUUUAUGACUGCCGCAUCAUCAGGUCAAAGUUCAUUUGGGUUUUUCUUUGGCUCGUUGUGGGGGCUGAGUGUAAAACAGGUGAUGCAGUGAGAUCAUUUACUCUUCAGACUGGAGGAUCUCUUACUAUUCCAUGUCAUUAUGACACACAAUAUAUUCAACAUAAGAAAUACUGGUGUUAUGAUGCAGGAGCAGCAUACAAUUACUGCUCUAUUCUGGCAUCCGCUAAUGAAACUAAAGGAAGAGUUUCAGUCAUUGAUCAUCCUGAUCAGAGUUUAUUUACCGUCACUAUGACAAACCUGCAGGAUCAAGACACUGGAACUUACUGGUGUGCUGUUGAAAUUAAAGGGAUUCUAAACAUGGAUGUGACAGAGCAGCUUUAUCUCGCAGUCCAAUCAGCUCCUGAUGUGUCUGUGGUGUCCAGCAGUGUAUCUGGAGAUGAAGGUGGUAAUAUCAGUGUAAAGUGUCUCUAUAGUUCUGCAUAUAAGAAUAAACACAAACAGUGGUGCAGAUAUAAAGACAAGAGCUGUUACACAUCCCAGAGUUCAUCAGUUCAGAUCAGUGAUGAUGAGAGAGAAUCUUUCACUGUGUUGAUGUCUGGACUGAUGCUGAGUGAUUCUGGCUGGUACUUCUGUUCUGUAGGAGAUCGACAGGCUCCUGUUCAGCUCACAGUCACUGGUAAAACUGCGACCACAGUUACUAGCUCAACGGGAGUCUUCAUACAUGCAGCUUCAUUUCCGAGAAACAGCAGUCAAACGCCGGGCGGUGAUAAGCAGCAGAAUAUUUUACAUCUGAAGAUGUGGCUUCCACUCCUUGUGUUGAUGCUGCUGAUGAUGAUACUGGUCACCAUGGCGACCGUAAUUCAGAGACAAAAGCUCAAAACAAAUAACAUCAAUAUCACACAUGAGACACCAGACAAAGCCUGUGCAAAGCCUGACGACUCUGUUAAUCCAGAAUGUGAUGUGACAUACAGUUCUGUGAUUAAACUUCACCAGACUAAAGCUUGCAGUCCAGUAUGUGAAGAGGAAAAUGUGAUCUACAGCUCUGUGUGUGAACAGCAUCACGUCAUUUUCACAGCUGUGUUUUAACAUUAUGAUAUCGCUGGAACUGCUGAGUUUGGUUUGGAGUUCAGACAACUUCCACACAUCUGCCAGCUGUGGUCACUAAAGUCAUGAAAUGAAAGAAUGUGAAAAGCGCUAGACUUGAAGAGAAGAAACAGAUUAUGAGUGCCGUACGGUUCAUUUUAAUUGUUC